UUAGUUUGAGCAUGCAAUACGUACAGAACAUACAAAUUGCCGACAAGUGACGACGAACAAGUUUAAUUUUCUCUGUUCGUUUUUUGUACUUGGAAAUUAGCGCUUCAAAUGGGAUCACUUUGGAUAAAAGUCAUUGGUGUCUGUUUCUAUCUUAACUAUCAAUGCAUCGCUGAAGAUACUGGUACCAUAAUUCCAUUGUAUAUCUAUCCAACUACUAAAACUGCAUGGCAGCCACUUUACGAUUCGUACAAAUCACAACCCAUCAACACGUGGGCAAUAGUAAAUGUUAACAGUGGACCUGGAACAUUGUUAGACUCCAAUUAUGGUAAUGCCAUCGAUGAACUACACUCUUCAGGUAUAAAAUCACUCGGUUACGUGCGCACGGACUAUGCCCGACAAAGCCAGGCUACGGUCAAGGCUGAAAUAGAUCGUUGGAAGCAGUAUUACAGUCCACACGGUAUUUUCUUCGAUGAAAUGGCAUACGACGAUGAUGACCAGAAAGUCCAAUAUUAUCGCGAUAUCGGCAACUAUGCCAAGCAACAAAGUUUCAAUUUUACUGUAGGCAAUCCUGGUACACGUACAUCGCCAAGAUAUUUCAAUACUGUGGAUAACAUUGUGAUAUAUGAAAGUGAUACAGGGAUACCGAAUAGCGAUUUGAUAUGCUCGCAAAAUACGACUGGUUAUGGUCGCAACAGUGUCAGCGUCUUGUCCUACAACAUUGCAAACCUUGAUGCGAAUACAGUGCGAAAUUUGAAGUCGUGUGCUGGAUACAUUUUUGUCACAGAUGACAGCGGUUCGAACCCUUGGGAUUCUUUGCCAAAGUAUUUGACUCAACUUUUCCAGGUACUCAGAAAUUGAUGCUGGUCGGUGGUUUGUAAAUUUAAUAAAUCGGCCAUUAAAGCAAAGUU